AUUUAAAAUCUCUUCUUGCAGAAACUUCACUUUUCGGCCAACAGGUGACUCUCAUUUCGAUCCAUCAAAAUGUCUUUUUAAUCUUGAAUUUGUUUAUUUCUUGUUGAUUGUGAUCAUUUUGGUGAUUCAGAAUAAUGGACUUUCCAAGACGAUCGUUGAUUAGAUUGCGACCUAUUUUAUUCCCAAAAUAUUGGUUUAAACGGACCUUUUGUAUUCUUCACCAUCCUGGUGAAGGUGAUUACGAUUUCAAUGAUGUUCUUAAAGCCGAUGUUGAGUUUGAUGAGUUACGAAAUAAUUAUAUUGUCGACGGGCGAAAGGCUCUUUCAGUUUUCGUCUGUCAACCUUAUCUCAAACUUAGUGGAAGUUUCGUCGAAUCUAAAAGUCCACCCGAGCUUCGGUUACAAGAAGCGAUCAGUUUGGUUCAUAGUAUCCCGAAUUGGAAAACAUGUGAUGCUGGACUUUUUCCCGUUCCUGAUUAUCAAAAACCUCUAUUUUUCUCCGAAAAAAUUGUAGAACAAUUAAAAGGUCGAGCUGCUGGUUCGACAAUGACUGGUCUUUUCAUCGCUGCUAAUCAACUGUUAGGAAAACAACAAUUCGCCUUGGAAAAAGUAUUGGGCAUCCCCGUUUUCGACAGAUUUUCCAUCAUAUUAGAAAUUUUCAAACAUUAUGCAGUUUCUGCAGAGGCCAGAGUUCAACUCGGUUUGGCGGAAAUUCACUAUCUAAAGUCCAGAAUUGGACAACUUACAUUCGACAGUCAUGGAAAUAGAUACAGUAUGGGUAAGUCAGCGAGAGGAACAGGGUUGACACCUAAACAAAAGUACCAAAAACUUUUGGACAAUCGGUACAGAUCUCUGCGUAGAGCUCUCGAAAAAAUCGAAAGAAACAAAGAACAGACCAGGAAUCAUCGAAAAGAGAUGCAACUGCCUUCGAUCUCAGUUAUUGGUUACACGAACUCCGGUAAAACGAGUUUAAUCAAAGCUCUAAGUCAAGACGAUUUAUCUCCUGAAGAUCGAUUAUUCGCGACUUUACAAACUACCGCUCAUGGAGUUAAACUUCCAAAUUUCCGUAAAGUUUUAUUCUUGGACUCAGUAGGCUUCAUAUCGGACAUACCAGAGCAUUUGAUGGAUUCGUUCAAUGCCACUUUCAAAGAUGUCAUUCAAUCCGAUCUACUGGUUCAUGUUUAUGACGCUUCUCAUCCUGACCUGAAGAAUCAAAGAUAUACCGUUUCAAACACUUUGGAAUUCUUGAAAUUUCCCCAACACUUAAUUUCUUCGAUGAUUAAUGUCGCAAACAAGGUUGAUUUGAUUGAAGCUUCUUCUCUGGAGGAACGUGAAGAAAUCAGUGAGAAUGACAUUCGCAUAUCAGCUGUUAAUGGCAACAAUUUAAAUCAAUUGAUAAAUGAAGUGGACUCGAAACUGUGUAAAAUUACUGGUCAACAAAUCGUCAAGAUAAAAGUGGCCAAUGGAGGCGAAGAACUGAGUUGGCUUUACCGAGAAUCUAAAAUCCAAUCAGUCGAGCCUGAUACUGACCCUAACUUUCUUACUGUUCGAACCAUGAUGAACGAAGCUCAAAGGAACCGUUUUCUCGCAUUUAUUAGAAAGAAACACCAAUGAUGUUCAAUCUACUUCAUUCGAGAUCAACUAAAUUAGCAAAUUAGUAAAUGAGUUGAAGUUAACAAUCUAUAUAAUCUCAUGAGAUGUUUCAUUGCAAUCACCAGAAACUGAAUUCGCAUUUCAAUCGCCAUUUUUGUGCCUCAACUUGAUGUUCAUACUUUGAAUUGUAAACUCAACGAUCCAAUGGCCAUUGAAUCGAUGUGGUCAUUCAUAAUUUUCUCUACAAUUGUAAAAAUUCAGCAAUAGAUUCACUAGGAUUGGAGUUUAUGAUUAAAAGAUAUUUCAUAUUCA